AAAACCAAACCAAACCAGAGCCUUCUGCCUUUGUGUUAGUUCCUGGAAUUUUCCAGACGAUCCCAGCGAGAUAUUGUAGAGGCCGACUUCUUGAAAGCCUCCCCAUUUCCUAUUUCUCCGGAGCUGUGGAGUGACUGUUCCCGGCCCAAAGGCCCCGCUCGGCACCGAACCCACCCUCCGUGGCCGUGCCCCGAGGGGCCGGCGCAUCUCGGGGCCGGCAGCGGCGGAAGCGGCCUCAGCGCGGCCGGGCGGCUGCAGCCCCGUGAGCUCCGCGCCCAUGGGGAGCGGCGGCGGCGAGCGCGGGGGCUCCGCGGGGCGCGGCACCGCCCACAGCAGAGGUCUGUUCUCAAACAUCUGGCUGUGGCGAGCUGUCGCUGGAGUCCUUACAGCUGCAGUCAUUUUGAUUUCAUGUAUUCAGUUUGUAAACUCUUCUCUGGCCAAAGACUCUCCUGAGUGUCCUCCCCUGGACCUGUGUCCAACAGGCUGGCUGUACUUCCAGAGGAAGUGUUACUUCCUCUCAGAGAACGAAGCCGCCUGGAACUUCAGCCAGAGCCACUGCUCCUCCCACAGCGCUUCCCUCCUGGUCAUCGAAAAUCAUCAGGAACUGAGCUUUAUGAUGAGAAUAACAAAGCAAGACCCAUGGAUCGGACUCUAUAAAAGAAAUGAAGAGUUCUUUUGGGUAAAUGGAAAAGCAUUAGACAAUGAACUGUUUGAAGUAAAAGGCUCUGGAAACUGUGCCUAUCUGGAGUCCAAAGGAGUCUCAGCCUCAGGAUGUUACUUAACCAGGAAGUGGGUCUGUAGCUUGAAUAUCAACUCAGCGCAAUAAGGGUGGGGAAAGCCACCACCCCUGACACUCAGAGCUCUGAUAUGAUGCCUAGAGAGGCUAUGUCUAUACUUUGGGACCUGGGAAUGUGUCCCAGCUCCUACCUUGAGGUGAAUGACUUUUCUGGUAGCCAGAAUUCUCCAGAAGAGGCCUCUGAUUUCUAAAGAUACCAUUUAAAAGGCUCUCUUCAGCAUCUUGAUAAGUCAUUUCCUUGCCCCAUUUUUCCAGCUACUGCCCAGCCUGUAGUUUCUUUUUGUUGUGUCAUCAGCAUUUACUCUUCUCUUGUUGGAGCAGCUGCUCUUCCUUUCGGUUUUGGGUGUGCACUUGGGGGUUUUUGUUUUGCUUUUCCUUUAACCAGGCUCUGUGUGCAGGGAUGGGUGGUGAAGUGGGUCUGUUUGGAGGACUGCCAGUGCCUCAUGGAUACAGGGUAAUGCAGAAGUGAACACUGUUGUUUUAGACAGGAUCACAGCAAAUUCCUCUCUCCCCAUUUGAUGGGAUGCACCCUGCAUUGUAUUCCAUGUUUUGUUAAUGUUAUGUUACAUUAAUCUUGUUAAAUCCCAGUUAUAAUGCUGUCAAGCUAAUCUAUGUAGCUGCACUGCACCUGAAGUUAUCCUCACGGCACUUUCUUUAGCCAAAAAAUGGUCACAGUAGAUAAGAAUAUUUAUUUACCUGCACAUUUGCACUGAUGGGGGGAGAAGAGUUGGAACUGUAGGAGUGGUAGUGAAGCUGCAGACAUUAAUGUGUAAAGGCAGAAAUAGUCCUCAGUGCAAGGAGGCAACAUCAGGAGAAGGGAAUGAGAGAAUUAUCAGCAAGGGAUGUUUCUCUGUGUUUUCCUUGUGCCCUGUGCCUGCCACAGUGUGAGGCUUCUGAGCAAGGGGGACAUUUCCAGAUGGACAAUCAGUGUUUCCUUGUGUGGGUGACAUUUUCAGUGCAACUCCAGCACAGUUGAAUUGCUGCGAGCCUGAACAGAAUUAGGGCACAAUCCCUCUGAUUGUCUGAGUCCCACUCAUGUCUAGCAGGUUAUCCAAAGAUUAAAAGUGUCAUUUGACCCAGAGGAAGCAAAUUUUCCUGGAAGGAAUAUACCUAUCAAGUUUCUAGAGAAGGAAGAAUAGGAAAUUCACCUUCAUUAUCUUCUGUGACAGAAGGACUUGACUGUAGAAGGACCAUGCACAUGGAUAUUGUCAGCAGCUUGUGACUCUCAGCUGUUUAUUUAAACAUAAUCACUAAUUUUGCUGGAUUGCACUUUUCUUAAUUGCUUGUAUUCUUUAUAGGCACAGUAACAGCACUCUACAGUAUGAAAAGCCUAACUAUGUAUUAAUUUAUAUGUUGGGGGGAGGUGUUAUUCUGCAAUGUUUUUAAAUUAACCCGGUUCUGAAGGAUACGGUAUGUGCAAUAGUCCUGAAAGACUCAAUAAAUAUCUUUACAGAGCCCCUGAA